AUGCCGCGGCUGACGCCGGCGGACGCGUCCCUUAUCCUAGACCACGUCGUAGGGGACGCCUCCAUCCCCACCGCCGCCGCCAACGUGCUCCUCGCGGGCCUCCCCUUCCCCGACCGUCCCACGCCGCGCCUCCUCCGCUCGCUGCUCCUCCGCCGCCUCGACACCGACCCUGUCUCCGCCGCCGCGCUCGACUCCCUCCAGCUCCUCGCCUCCCUCCCCGACUCGGGUCCCGCGUCCCCCGUCUAUGCCGCGCACCUCGCCGUCGCCGCCUUCCUCGCCUGCUCGGCGCCCGACUUCGACGCCGCCGCGCGGGCCCUCUUCGGGCGCCCCGGCGGCCGCGCGCGCCGCGCGGUCGACAAGGAGGAGGGCGGGGACCCCGCGCUCGCCUCCUCCGAGGCCCUCGCUGCUGCGGACCAGUUCGAGGCCGCCGUCGGGAACGCCUUUUCGCAGGACGUGCUGAAGGGGUUGUUUGGCGACCGGGCCAAGGCGGAGCGGCGGGUGAGGGACCACCUGGCGGCCGAAUGGGCCGCAAUCGGUCCGUCUCGCCUGGAGCUAGCGGCCGAGCAGAUCGUUGGUGACGGCGCCGUCGAGACGUGGCGCGCCGCUGACGAGACCGUCCGCGCCAAAUACCGCAUUCUAGCUGGGGAAGAAAAAGCACGUGAAAUUUUGAGCAGAAUUGAAGACCGAAUUUCAACCCCUCAAGUUCAUAAGGUCAUACAUGACCUCAAAUCAAGGUGUGCUGACCUUCAUAAUGUGGUGGAUGAUCCAUUACCAGCCGCAAAAGCAGCUGCAGAUAAGGUGUUGGCUGCAAGGAUGGAUAAGGCAGUUCAUAUUAAUGAUGAAGAAUUGAACAAUCAGGCUGCGAAUUGUAGCGUUGCUGGUCCAAGUGCUGUUAAUGACCAAGGCGAGACAUUGAGAAAAGGCACGCCAUCAAGUCUUAUGGAUUGGAACCCUACAGCACAAUCUCUUCUGUGGGAGGACUCGCUUGAUCCUGAUGGCUCAAGAUCACAAUCACAUAGACCGCACUUGCCUAGCCCAAGGAGAAUAUUGGUUUCUCCGUUGCAAGUGGCAGAAAACAAAGCUAGGCGUAGAAGGGCAAGGAGGUGGAGCUCGGUAGAAGAAGAAACACUAAGAAAUGGCGUUGAACAAUUUGGUAGCGGCAAUUGGAAGGAUAUUUUGAGCCACAAUCCCGACGUUUUUAUUGGUAGAACACAGGUUGACUUGAAGGAUAAGUGGAGAAACAUGAUGAGAUAG